CAGCGGGCCGCUUCCCAGCCAUUGGAGACAUGGCGGCUCCGCUGGGUGGCAUGUUCUCGGGACAGCCACCGGGGCCCCCGCCGCCCCCUCCGGGACUCCCGGGCCAGGCUUCGCUUCUUCAGGCCGCACCAGGGGCUCCGAGAACCUCCAACAUUACCUUGGUGGACGAAUUGGAGUCCUCUUUCGAGACCUGCUUUGCUUCACUGGUGAGUCAGGACUAUGUCAAUGGCACUGAUCAGGAAGAAAUUCGAACUGGUGUCGAUCAGUGUAUCCAGAAAUUUCUGGAUAUUGCAAGACAGACAGAAUGUUUUUUCCUACAAAAAAGAUUACAGUUAUCUGUCCAGAAACCAGAGCAAGUUAUCAAAGAGGAUGUCUCGGAACUAAGGAAUGAACUGCAGCGGAAAGAUGCCCUGGUCCAGAAACAUCUGACCAAGCUCCGGCACUGGCAGCAGGUGCUGGAUGACAUCAACGUGCAGCACAAAAAGCCGGCCGACCUCCCUCAGGGCUCCCUGGCCUACCUGGAGCAGGCGUCGGCCAACAUCCCCGCGCCGCUGAAGCAGACUUGAGCGCCAGAGCAAAGGCUGACUCAUGCAUAAGUCCGUCCGCCUGAGGACGGCUGUGCACAAUACCCAUUCUCGUGGGCGUGGUCUCUUGGAGGAACUCUUUGCCAGACAGUGAGACGAUUUCCGUUUCAUGCUUCCCGCUGAGCUUCUCACCCUAUUUUUAUAAGCUGUUUAUCUCUCCAGUACUUCCUAAGAUGUCUAUAGCUUUGAUAAACCAGGCAGAUGUGUUUUAAGUUUAGACUUAGUUCAGUGUGAUGUCAAUUACAGAUGCCUUUUCGUGGUUUUUUGGCUGUUUUAUAUUUGUGUGACUUUUAAUUUCUUCUUGUGUACUUCUCGAAAGUCCUGGUGGCUUAGUCGUUGAGAAUUUGGCCGUUAACCAAAAGGUCAGCAGUUCAAAUCCACAAGGUGGUCCUUGGAAACCCUAUGGUGCAGUCUACUCUGUCCUAUAGGGUCACUCUGAGGUGGAACUGACUCGACGGCAACGAGUUUGGUUUUGUGUAUUUCUCGUUGUUAUAUUAAUUUGUGUGAUCUGAGGGAGAAAAUCACCCUAGUCUGGGCAUCAGAUGAGGAUUUUGGUUGUAGGCCCCGUAUGAUAAUUGUUCCUCAGUAGUAGUGUCGGAAAGCAUGUGAAUUUGGGAUGUUCCAGACUUUGAACUACCUCAAGAAGAGGAAUCUAAUGCAACCCUGUUUGUGAGGAGCGAGGCUAUUGUGUAACGGCUUAGGUUAGUGUAGUAGUACUGCUACUUUGGUUUGGGGUAACUUUAUUCUUUGUGUGGUGCUGAAUUACUUUUUUCAGGGGGGCGGUGAGGAGUAGGAGAGGGGAUACGCUAAAUUGUGUUAUGCUCCGCACUAAAGGAAUCCGUUCCAGGACCGGGCAGACCCUGUUGUCAUAUAGCAUGGCCGUUGGGUGUAGGUGAAGUGUGAGGGGUUAAAGUUUGCCGUGAUACUCUCUUAGUCUAGUUCAGUUUUCUUUUUGCUUUUCUGGAGGAGAGAGAGUUUCCAUUAAGGAAGCUUUUUGCUAAUGGAUGGUCUUGAUUCCAGAGACGGGGGCCCCAGGGUAGGGGAGUGGGCAGUAGGGUGGCCCUGUGCUACCGGACCACCAUAAAAAUAUGUCCAGCCUCAGCCUUUGGGAGCAUAUCUUAACCUCGUUACUUCAUAGGCCCCUCAGAGUCUCUCUGAAUCACCAUUGAGAAAUACAGAUCAGCAUUGUUUCUGGUGCUGGUUAGAUGAGGUUUUUGUUUCUCCGUUUUAUACAAUCUCAUUAGGUGACAUCUCUCUACCCAACACAGACACUCUGUUGUCUUUGGAUGGGCUGCACUUCUUUGACUGGUGCCUUGGGUCCGUUUGGUUUCUUUAGCCUUGAAGGCCCCAUCCCACACACAUUCAAAUCCACUUACCCUUCCUGGCCCAGCCUAGAUGUUCCCUGGUCUGUGAAGCCUUCCAACCCCUUUCCUCUGCAUUCCAGGGCACAGGACUUUUGAUCUCUUCAGUAGCCCAUGCUGGGCUCUCCUUGUGAGUUAGUGAUUUGUAUCUCUCCCUACCUUUUGCUUUUGUAAGCCCAUGAUAAUCAUGCAUGUGUGUGUGUGUGUGUGUGUGUGUAUACAUAUAUUUUUUUUUUCCCCCAGUUACUGUUGAGUUGAUUCUGACUUAUGAAAACUCCCUAUGUGUGAGAGUAGAACCGUGCUCCAUCGCUUUUCGAUGGCUGAUUUUUCAGAAGGAGGUCUCCAGGCCUUUUCUGAGGCACCUCUGGGUAGACUUGAACCUCCAACAUAGCAGUUAGCAGCCAAGCGUGUUAACCAUUUAUACACCCAAGGAUUCCUUUAAAGAUAUGUGAAAAAAAAAAACCAAACCCGUUGCUGUCAAUUCGAUUCUGACUCAUACUGGCCCUACAGGACAGUAGAACUGCCCCAUAGGGUUUCCAAGGCUGUAAAUCUUUACAGAAGCAGACUGCCACAUCUUCCUCCCGCAGAGUGGCUGGUUAAGUUUGAACCACCGACCUUUCAGUUAGCAGCUGAGCUCUUAACUACUGCGCCACCAGGGCUCCUGUCUUUAAACAUAUAAAGACCAUAUGUUAUCACUUAUACAUAAUACUUACUAGUCACUUUGUGUGUGUGUGUGUGGUGUCUGGCAGAUGGACCUGUAGAUUUCCAGCCUGAGGCCAGUGAACCCCUAGCAAAAUUAAAAAUACCUCCUCAGUUGGAAUGGAUAGGUUACACAGAGCUUUUAAAAAUUGUUUUUACUCAACAUUAUGUCAUUUCAAGGUUGCUAACCUGGUCAUCUUGUGCUGAUUGGAAGCUGUAAUUGGCAGCUUUAGACUUCUUGAUUAAAAACCUAAAUAAAGGUGUUCUUGGUAGAACAA